GAAUCCAACGGCUGAAAAAGAUGAGAUACUGUGCAAGGCUUAUCUUCUCUGACUUGACUGGGUACAGCUACAAAGGGCGAGAAGUACAAAACACUACGCUUAAAUGGGCCAGCCAGCCAUUAAUGCAAUUCUGCCCACCUUCCUCUAAAACUCAUUUUUUUUGUUCGUUUGCAACCAUCAACACUACUCACUUAAUACUGCCAGUUGCUUUUACUACUAUCCAAGAAAAAUUCAAGUUUUUGCUACGAUUUGGUCAAUUCCUCUUUCUUAAAACCAUUUUUUGUUUUAGGUCCUUGCUUCCUUGGUUUAGUCUGAUUCUGUGUUGGGUUGGUUUUCAGAGGCAAAAGAAAAAGAGUUGAAGAGGGUGGUUUGAUUUGAUGGGGAUCUGCUUAAGUGCCAGAAUUAAAGCUGAGAGCCCCAGUAACAUAGGGCUGAGUUCAAAGUAUGUUAGCAGCGAUGGGAAAGAUAGCAGUACGAGCAGCAAAGUCUCAUCAAUUUCAGUGCCUUUGACACCUCGGAGUGAGGGUGAGAUCUUACAGUCCACCAAUUUGAAAAGUUUCAGUUUUGCUGAUCUCAAAAUGGCCACCAGGAAUUUUCGUCCUGAUAGUGUGCUAGGAGAAGGUGGUUUUGGCUCUGUGUUUAAGGGGUGGAUUGAUGAAAAUUCAUUUGCUGCUACCAAGCCUGGAACUGGCAUAGUUAUUGCUGUGAAAAGACUUAAUCCGGAAGGAUAUCAAGGUCACAAGGAGUGGUUGGCAGAGGUGAAUUAUCUAGGACAGCUUUAUCAUCCAAAUCUUGUGAAAUUGAUUGGAUAUUGCUUGGAGGAUGAACACCGUCUAUUGGUGUAUGAAUUCAUGCGUCGUGGCAGCUUGGAGAAUCAUUUAUUCAGGAGAGGUUCUUAUUUCCAGCCUCUUUCUUGGAGCCUUCGCUUGAAGGUUGCUCUUGGUGCUGCAAAGGGGCUUGCCUGUCUUCACAGUGCUGAAACAAAAGUGAUAUAUCGAGACUUUAAGACUUCAAACGUCUUGCUUGAUUCAAACUAUAAUGCAAAGCUUUCUGAUUUUGGGUUAGCCAAAGAUGGGCCAACAGGUGAUAAGAGCCAUGUUUCUACCAGGGUCAUGGGGACCUAUGGAUAUGCUGCUCCAGAGUAUUUGGCCACAGGUCAUCUGACUUCCAAGAGUGACGUUUAUAGUUUUGGAGUUGUGCUGCUAGAGAUGUUAUCUGGCCGCAGAGCAGUUGACAAGAAUCGGCCGUCUGGAGAGCAUAAUCUGGUGGAAUGGGCCAAACCUUACCUGGCCAACAAACGUAAAAUAUUCCGUGUCCUAGAUAACCGCCUUGAAGGCCAGUAUUCGAUGGAAGGAGCCUAUAAGGCUGCGACCCUUGCAUUGCGAUGCAUCUCCACCGAAGCCAAAUUCAGACCAAGCAUGAAUGAGGUUGUAACAGUAUUGGAGCAGGUCCAACAUUCCAAUGAAUCUGGAAGUAAUCAGAGCAAUACUAGCAGCACACCACGUGUCCGUAGGCGAAGUGCAGAUGAUGCUAGCGGUAGAAGGAGCACUGCUGCAUACCCUCGUCCAUCAGCGUCGCCUCUUUAUGCCCGAGAAUGGAAUCAAGGCCAACAAUAAAAGCUGCUUUAUUCUGAAGUAUAUUCAGGUGGUUCGGCAACAAUUUCCGGAACUCGGGCAUUCACUUUUUUAUGCCUGACUGUACAGUUCUUGUUUUAUCUAAUGUACCAAAAACCAAUCUUCUCCACACAAUUGCAAGUUCAAACCCAUAACAAUGGGAGUAUGCAAAGCUGUAUUUGUUUUUGAGAUAAAAGUGUUUUCAACACUUGAGAGCCAACUUGGAAAAAGGGUGUAAUCGCUUUUGUAUAACAACAAUCAGGUCUUGCUUUCCUUGCCAGGCUUGGUGAAUUUUAUAAUCGUAUUAUUAUUUUUUUCGGAUGGAUUUGUCAAAUCAUCCUUUACAUGCACUGAAUAUUGAUGUCUUGUUUGUGAGAAUGACGAGAGAAUUUGAUUAGCAUAGGUUGCAUGUUUUGCCUGGAGCCUGUUGGCCUCUGAUUCUUCUGAUACGUUAUUAAUUUUACAUAAAAAAGAAGGGAUGAAGAAGCACAGAGAAGUGAUUUUUUUUUUAUAACAAGGGUAUUUU